AACAUGAUAGAAUAAUAAAAUAAAGACUUCCGGUUUUGGAGCGCCCUUUUGAUAUUUUUCCUGAACAUUACUUAAAAAAUAUCAUAAUAUUUCAGGUGUAGAGUUGGUUAUUCGUAGCUUGUUACUAGGGGAGAGUUAAUGUUCUAUUUUCAGUUUGGGAAGUUGAACGAUGUCUGGCUUUUUUGACGGAACUCUCCUGACAGUCACCAUGCAGACCUCUCUCGCUCACUCACCGCAGAAUGCAUUUAGCCCCAAGGAGCUGUCCCAGGAGAUCAAAUCCUUCAUCAGUGGCGUGGACCAGACCCAGGGUCGUAAACUCAGCGUCCGUGAGCAUGCCCGCUGUGCUGUGCGUCUACUACGAUCCGUGCCUGCCUGUCGCGGGGCGGUGCUUGAGCACCUAAGGGGCGUUUACAACGAGCACGUAUCAGCCUUUCUUCACAAUCUGGAGGCGGACGGCGAGGGCGACGGGGACUCCAACCUGGAGGACGUCAUCACGGAGGUCCAUGGCGUCCUGUCAGAGUUCAUCAGGCUCAACCCCCGAGCCUGGGCUCCCCUCGUUUCCACCUGGGCUGUAGACCUGCUGGGGCAGCUGAGCUCCAAGCAUGCUGGUCGCAGGGCAGCUCCCCAAUCCCCCAGCCUCAAUGAGCUGCUGCAGCUGUGGAUGUCCUGUGCAGCUACCCGCUCCCUCAUGGAGGCCUAUACCCAGUGCCUGGCGGCCAUGAUAGCCUGGUGUCCUGAUCAAUGUGUGGACAGUCUCCUGGACACCUCCGUGCAGCACUCCCCCCACUUUGACUGGGUGGUGGCCCACAUCGGAUCCUCCUUCCCGGGCACCAUCAUUAGCCGCGUCCUGGCCUGUGGCCUUAAAGACUUCUGUUCCCACGGAACGGCUGACAAGGGUCAGGGAGACAAGAGCAACCGAGUGCCUAAGAUCGGCUCUGUGGUGGGGAUCCUGGGCCACCUGGCGGCGCAGCACUCUGACAGCAUCCGGCGGGAGCUGCUGAGGAUGUUCGAGGAGAGCCUCAGCCUCCUGACUAUACCCCCCAGCUCUGGGUCCACCUCCUGGGAGCACUCAGCCCAGCUCCGCCGAGGCGCAGUGCCCUUCCUCCUCCAGCUGGCGGCGCUGUCACCCUCUCUGCUGGGCGCCAUGUCUGCUGAGCUGGUGGAGUCUCUACGGCCUCCAGUCUUGCUCCAGCUCCACGCUGUUCUACAGGGGCUUCCCAGGGAGGAGCUGGACAACAUGAUGGGGCUGGUUGUUCACCUCAUCGCCCAGAGCCCUGCUGGAGGGGCACGCAUCCUCCGCUUCCUCGCUGACACGGCCACCCCCGCAUCCGUCAUUAUCUCCGGCCCAAUGCCUUCCCCUCACGAGGGGGUCCGGGAGGCCUGCGACUGCCUCCUCCAGAUGCUCCUGCUGCACCUCCACAAGCUGGUCUACACCUGCUCAGAGGGGGACGAUGGCUACUACAACCGCCCCCACUCUCCCUCCUCCCAGGCCCCCCGGGUAGUCCCCUUCCUGGAGGAGCUGCAGUCACACGUGGGAGAGCUGUGUGCCGAGACAUUGAGGCUGGAGAGGAAGCGCCAUCUCUGGCUGCACCAGCUGCUGUGUCUGCUGUCUGUGUACAGGGGCCCCAGUGUGGCCACGGAGGCCCUCUGUCAGCUGCUCACCCUAGCCCGGAACCCAGACCAGCUGGCCCUGGCCUGGCUGCUCCACACCCCACUGUCCACCUGCCUGCCAGGCCUCAUCCCUGCAGCAGUGACCCGCUGCGUGGCCCAGAUCCACACACACACCCUGGGACCCAAGCAGCUCUGCCAGCUCCUCCUCAACCUGGCCUCCACCAUGCAGAGUGUACAGGAGGAGGAGAGGAGGGGUCCUGGAGGCAUGGGAGGAGAAGGAGGUGCGAGACCUCAGUCAUCCAUGGCAGCGCAGGUUGGAGCAGCGGUCUCGGGACACCUCCAUGAUUUCAGCCCUCUGCUCCUCCACGGUGACCCGGCGGUAUCCCACGCUGCCGUGUGGCUCCUGUCCCGCAGCCUCCUCCCCCGUGCCGCCCUGCCUUCCCACCUGCUGCUCGUCUGUCGGGCCGCCGUCACACACUUCUUCCUGGCGCUGCGGAGGAGAGUACAGGCAGGGAAGGGGAGAGACGGAGGGCAGGGAGGAGAGGCGGUGAACUGUUCGGUGCUCCUCCUGUCCCGUCUGGCAGGUUACUCCCCUCUAACCCUCAAAUGUGUCCUGCUGCAGCUGGUGGAGGGAGCUCUACAUAAAGGAAACACUGACCUGUUCGGAGGGCAGAGCGAGGACAUUGGAGGGGACACCCCCAUCUCCCCGUCCUUGGCCCCUGACCGGGCGGGCUCCCUGCUGGACAUCAACUGCAGGUUCGGCACUACGGUCAACUUCUCUGGCAGUGUGUGGUCUGUGUUCCAUGCUGGGGUGAUAGGGAAGGGUCUGAAGCAGCACAGCACUACGCCUCACCCCGAUGCCGCCAGUGUCAUACAGAACGUCCAGACUCUGCUGGCUGUCACCGUCCAGUGCUGCAGCGCUCCAUCUGGGAAUGGUGGCAACAGUGGCGGCGCCCGACACCAAUCCUCCGUCGUUCCUGACGAGCUGCCGCCCAUCAACGCUGAGGCGGCCAAAAUGAUGGCGGUGACGCUGGUGGAGUAUAUCUGCCCCGACGUGGCCAACGGGGAACUGUCAUGGCCACCAGAGGAACACGCCCGCACCACUGUAGAACGCGACAUACACAUCCGCCGCUGCUUCGAGGCCCACCCUGUCCUCUUCCCUUUACUCCAUGUUGUGGCUGCCGGGCGUCCUGCUCUCUGUUACUGUUCUGCGGUGCUCCGGGGCCUGCUGGCCACUCUGCUAGCCCACUGGGAGGCUUCGAGGGAGCCUUUGGCAGUAGACUCCCCCUGGCACCUCCAGGCCUCCUGCAUGCUGGUGUCAUGUAUGGGCGAGGGCCAGCUGCUGCCCCCCGUGCUGGGCAACGUCCACGAGGCCUUCCCCUACCUGAUGCCCUUCGAGGUGAGGCUUCUCCUCCUGGCUGUGUGGGAGUACGUGAGGGGCAAUGGCCCCAUGCCACAGAAGUUUGUCUUCAGUGCCGAGAAGGGCCUGUUCUGCCGGGAUUUCGCACGGGACGGGGAUGUGGCAAGAUACGUAGCGCCCAUCCACAGUGUCCUGCAUAAGAACAUUGACCGGCUGGGGCAUCUAUGCUGGCGUUUCCAGCUCUGAACAAGGGAAGGAGAGAACUGAAGGAGGGAUGGAUAAAGAGGGUGUAAGAAGUAGGACACUUGGGAUUGAUUGUGAAAGAUGAGGAAGGUGUGGUUAUAGGUCAUUGUGGAGAUGUUGCUUUGCCGUUAUUUUUUUUCUCUAACUGUCAUCUAGUUCUGUAUGCACUCCGAAGCAUACAGUGCCUUCAGAAAAUAUUCAUACCCCUUGACUUUUUACACAUUUUGUUGUGUUACAAUGUGAGAUAUUAAAAUUGAUGUAAUUGUCAACGGUCUUCACAAAAUACUCUUUAAUGUUAGUGGUGGAAAAAGUACUCAAUUGUCAUACUUGAGUAAAAGUAAAGAUACCUUAAUAGAAAAUUACUCAAGUGAAAGUCACCCAGUAAAAUACUACUUGAGUAAAAGUCUAAAUGUAUUUGGUUUUAAAUAUACUUAAGUAUCAAAAGUAAAUGGAAUUGUUAAAAUGUACUUAAGUGUCAAAAGUAAAAGUUUGAACCAUUUCAAAUUCUUUAUAUUAAGCAAACCAGACGUCACAAUUAUUUAAAAAAAAUGGACUUAUAGCCAGGGGCACACUCCAACACUCAGACAUAAUUUACAAAGGAAGCAUUUGUGUUUAGUGAGUCCACCAGAUCAGAGGCAGUAGGGAUUUUCAUGUCAAAAUAUAUUGAGUACUUUUGGGUAUCAGGGAAAAUGUAUGGAGUAAAAAGUACAUUAUUUUCUUUAGCAAUGUAGUGAAGUAAAAGUUAUAUAAAUAGUAAAGUACAGAUACCCCCAAAAAGUAGUAGUACUUUAAAGUAUUUUUACUAAAGUACUUUAUGCCACUGUGUAAUGUCAAAGUGGAAGAAAAAUUAUAAUAUUUCUAAGAUUGAAACACUAAUAUAUCUUGAUUGGAUAAGUAUUCAAUCCCCUGAAUCAAUAGGUGUUAGAAUCAACUUUGUCAGCGAUUACUGCUGAGUCUUUCUGGGUAAGUCUCUAAGAGCUUUGCACAUCUGGAUUGUACAAUAUUUGCACAUUAUUAUUUUUAAAGCAUAUCCAUAACAUGAUGCAGCCACCACCAUGCUUUAAAAUACAAAGAGUGGUAUUCAGUGAUGUGUUGUGUUGGAUUUGCCCCAAACAUAAUGCUUUGCAUUCAGGACAUGAAAUUAUUAUUUUUGCAUUUUUUUUUUUCAGUUUUACUUUAGUGCCUUAUUGCAAACAGGAUGCAUGUUUUGGAAUAUUUUAUUCUGUACAGGCUUCCUUCUUUUCACUCUGCCAAUUAGGUUAGCAUUGUGGAGUAACUACAAUGUUGAUACAUGUCGUGGUAAUUUCCUGUAUUACUAAAUGAUAAGAGUUUACAAACCACACACAAGUCAGAGUUAUAUUUUAAACUCCAUCUUUAAUUAUAUGAGCUUCACCAUAGCCCUUUGACUCUCAGAUCAAUUCAGUGUCUAUAAAUGAAUUCUCUGAGAGUGCUUACAAAACAAUUCUUAGUAUCUUUUACAGCCAAGAUACACCCCUCUCAACUCACAUGACGAACCACAGAUCUUAGGAACAUUACAAAGAAAGACUUUUACUUGAGAGAGGAGUAUCCCAUAGCCAGAUAGCAUUAGCUAUAAAUUAUCUUUCAGUUUGCUCUCUAAGAUGAGGUUCUAAUCUAAUUCUUGGUACUUCUUAGGACCAAAACAUUACCUCAUCCAAUGGCAUAUAUCAAUUGUCAAUUCUAGAGACUCCCAUCUCAAAUACACCCCCUCUUCUCCCCACUCCUGGAGAAGCUCACUAAGGGGAGUGAACCUCUAGGUCAUAUACUAUGAAAGAUAAGUUCAACAUCAGAGGGGUGGUAUAAUGGUUCCAGACACUGCCAUACUCCUCCCCCCCAAUGGGAAAAUGAGGGAGUGACUGGAGUACAGACAUAGUGGAGCCCUUCACAUGGUUUCACAGAUAUAUUCACCUAUGAAAGACAAUGUUCAAACCUGACUUCUCCCUUUCUGAUAUUCUGCAUAUUACCAGAUAUGUAAAAGAUAAGCCUGACCUCUCCCCUCUCUGGGCCCCAAGUGACUUUUCCCUAGAGGAGAAAGGAAAAUGCAACUGCCAACAGUAUAGUCCAAAAGAAGACAUUCUAAUAACAAGUAUAAAAUAAAUAAAACAUCUUAUUUAUCUAUGUUACCUAACUAAUUCUGAUUCAGCUACGACAUACAUCCUCAGUUCUCUUAUCACAGCCAUUCAACUCUAACUGUUUUAAAGUCAGCAUUGGCCUUGUUAAAUCCCUGAGUGGUUUCUUUCUUCUCCGGCAACUGAGUUAGGAAGGACGCCAGUCUUUGUAGUGACAGGGUGUAUUGAUACACCAUCCAAAGUGUAAUUAAUAACUACUUCACCAUGCUCAAAGGGAUAUUCAAUGUCUGUUUUUUUUUACCCAUCUACCAAUAGGUGCCCUUCUUUUCAAGGCAUUAGAAAACGUCCCAGUUCUUUGUGGUUGAAUCUGUUUGAAAUUCACUGCUCGACUGAGGGACCUCACAGAUAAUUGUAUGUGUACAAAAAACAAACAUAUUAAACACUAUUAUUGCACAUCGAGUGAUUCCAUGCAACUUAUUAUUUGAGUUGUUUAGCAAAUUUUUGGUCCUGAACGUAUUUAGGCUUGCCUUAACAAUGGGGUUGAAUACUUACUGACUCAAAAUAUUUCAGCUUUUUAUUUAUUAUUAAUUUGGAAAAAUGUCCCCAAAAAUUAUUUCACUUUAACAUUGUGCAGUAUUGUGUGUAGACCAGGGACCCCAAAUCUAAAUUGAAUCCAUUUUAUAUUCUUGCUAACACAACAAAAUGUGGAAAAAGUGAAGGGGUGUGAAUACUUUCUGAAGGCACCUUAGUUCACCAAAUGCUGAGAAUGUUACAUCUACUGUGUAUCUCUCCUGUUUUGUAUCAUUUUCUAGACUGAAUGGGAUUUUGUAUCUAGCUGUUACUGUAGAGGGAUAAAAACAUAUAGUAUACAAUAAAUAACCAGAAAAAGA